AGCUGCUCAGAUGUGCUGGUGUGCCCACUCAGACCAGUUGAGCGUUUUCGGGAUCUUCGGCCAGAUGAGCUAGCAGAUUUGUUCUCCACCGCUCAGAGAGUCGCCAACUUGGUGGAGAAACACUUCAAUGCCACCUCAAUCACCAUCGCCAUUCAGGAUGGCCCUGAAGCCGGACAAACUGUGAAGCAUGUCCACGUCCACGUGCUGCCCAGGAAGGCUGGGGAUUUUAAGCACAAUGACAGCAUCUACGAUGAGUUACAAAACCACGAUCAAGAGGAUAAGGACAUACCAUCCAAGUGGAGAUCAGAGGAAGAAAUGGCAGCAGAAGCUUCAGAUCUGAGAAAGCAGCUCUAGAAACCUGAACCAAUGAUGUCAGUAAUUCAAUAAAGGCAGCACCGCCAUGAACAUAAAGUUAACAUCUGCAAUGUGAACUAUAAUAAAAAAUAUUAUUGUUUUAUUUGACUUAAUUUGAUUAUAUGUAUAUUAAAUCCUCAAAAUCUUUGCUGAAUUAUGCUGUAUAUCAACCAACCAAGUCAACCAAAAGAAAUCUAACUUUUGAAUUUUUUUUGAAUUGAAUUGAAAUUUUUAUUUCAGUCAACAACAACAACAGAUUAUAAUUUUACAUAAAAGUACUCAAACAGUAACCGAAAAAGGAAUAGGCUGAAGCCUUAUGGCUUAUACUUAUCCUAUCCCUUACCCCCAUAGAAAUAAUCA